GAGAGGAGAGCGAGCGAGUUGAGGGAUUGACACAAAUGGUCAGGCGGCGGCGGAGGAGGAGGAGGCGGAGGCGCAGGGGGGAGCCGAGGCUGCUGGGCUGCCGAGAGUUGCGCGCUCUACCCGGCCGCCGCCACUAGCGCGGCGCCGCCAGCCGGGAGCCAGCUAGCCGAGGGCCAGGAAGGCGGGACGCGACCCCGGCGCGCCCGAGCCAGCCGGGCUCUCCCCGCAGCCCGCGCUUCAUGAAUCGCAAGUUUCCGCGGCGGCGGCGGCUGCGGGACGCGGAGCGGGAGCCGGGGGAGCGGGCCGAGCACUGCUUGGGCUCGACGGAGGGCACCGGCGGGGAGGAGAUCGCCCCGGCCGCAGGGGGAGCAGCCGCCGGCCGCGCCACAGCCAGCCCCAGCCGAGAGGCGCCAAGAAAGGAGCCGAGAAAGUAUGGCUGAGGAGGAGGCGCCUAAGAAGUCCCGGGCCGCCGCCGCCAGCGGCGCAAGCUGGGAACUUUGUGCCGGGGCGCUGCGCACUGGACCAGUGGCGGAGGGGAGCGGGGACGCGGGCAGCCGCCGCCGUCCCCCCCCAGUUGACUCCGGGCGCUUGGCGCGCGGGCUGCUACUACUGCUUUGGCUGCUGGAGGCUCCGCUGCUGCUGGGGGUCCGGGCGCAGGCGGCCGGCCAGGGGCCCGGGCCGGGGCAGCAGCCCCUGCCGCCUCAGCAGCAGCAGAGCGGGCAGCAGUACAACGGCGAGCGGGGCAUCUCUAUACCGGACCACGGCUACUGCCAGCCCAUCUCCAUCCCGCUGUGCACGGACAUCGCGUACAACCAGACCAUCAUGCCCAACCUGCUGGGCCACACGAACCAGGAGGAUGCGGGCCUCGAGGUGCACCAGUUCUACCCGCUAGUGAAGGUGCAGUGCUCCGCGGAGCUCAAGUUCUUCCUGUGCUCCAUGUACGCGCCCGUGUGCACCGUGCUGGAGCAGGCUCUGCCGCCUUGCCGCUCCCUGUGCGAGCGCGCGCGCCAGGGCUGCGAGGCGCUCAUGAACAAGUUCGGCUUCCAGUGGCCUGACACGCUCAAGUGCGAGAAGUUCCCGGUGCACGGCGCUGGCGAGCUGUGCGUGGGCCAGAACACGUCGGACAAGGGCACCCCGACGCCCUCGCUGCUGCCUGAGUUCUGGACCAGCAACCCACAGCACGGCGGCGGAGGCUUCCGGGGGGGAGGCUUCGCGGGGGGCGCCGGCGCGUCGGAACGAGGCAAGUUCUCGUGCCCGCGCGCCCUCAAGGUGCCCUCCUACCUCAACUACCACUUCCUGGGGGAGAAGGACUGCGGCGCGCCCUGCGAGCCGACCAAGGUGUACGGGCUUAUGUAUUUUGGGCCGGAGGAGCUGCGCUUCUCGCGCACCUGGAUCGGCAUCUGGUCAGUGCUGUGCUGCGCCUCCACGCUCUUCACGGUGCUCACGUACCUGGUGGACAUGCGGCGCUUCAGCUACCCGGAGCGGCCCAUCAUCUUCCUGUCGGGCUGCUACACGGCAGUGGCCGUGGCCUACAUCGCCGGCUUCCUGCUGGAGGACCGGGUGGUGUGUAACGACAAAUUCGCGGAGGAUGGGGCACGCACGGUGGCGCAGGGCACCAAGAAGGAGGGCUGCACCAUCCUCUUCAUGAUGCUCUACUUCUUCAGCAUGGCCAGCUCCAUCUGGUGGGUGAUCCUGUCGCUCACCUGGUUCCUGGCGGCCGGCAUGAAGUGGGGCCACGAGGCCAUCGAGGCCAACUCGCAGUACUUUCACCUGGCCGCCUGGGCCGUGCCGGCCAUCAAGACCAUCACCAUCCUGGCGCUGGGCCAGGUGGACGGCGAUGUGCUGAGCGGGGUGUGCUUCGUGGGGCUCAACAACGUGGACGCACUGCGCGGCUUCGUGCUGGCGCCACUCUUCGUGUACCUGUUCAUCGGCACGUCCUUCCUACUGGCCGGCUUCGUGUCCCUCUUCCGCAUUCGCACUAUCAUGAAGCACGACGGCACCAAGACCGAGAAGCUGGAGAAGCUCAUGGUGCGCAUCGGCGUCUUCAGCGUGCUCUACACGGUGCCAGCCACUAUCGUCAUUGCCUGCUACUUCUACGAGCAGGCCUUCCGGGACCAGUGGGAGCGCAGCUGGGUGGCCCAGAGCUGCAAGAGCUAUGCUAUCCCCUGUCCCCACCUCCAGGCGGGCGGCGCCCCGCCGCACCCGCCCAUGAGCCCUGACUUCACAGUCUUCAUGAUCAAGUAUCUUAUGACGCUGAUCGUGGGCAUCACGUCAGGCUUCUGGAUCUGGUCCGGCAAGACCCUCAACUCCUGGAGGAAGUUCUACACUAGGCUCACCAAUAGCAAACAGGGGGAGACCACCGUCUGAGACCGGGGACUCAGCCCAUUCCCAACCCUCGGCCUGGUCCCAGCCACCCCAAAAAGCUGGCCCUAUGGAAUCCUUGCCAAGUCUGGCUACUCGAGCCUUUCUCACUAGCCAUUCACUUUCGAGGGCUCCUUUUAACAACAAGCCUCCUGCAAAAGCUUCUGUCGCCGGGGGCAAAGGGACUCGAGGGCCCAACUGCCAGAGGGGGAUGGACAGACCUCUCUUGCUCUGGUACCAGGACUGUACGCUUUUAUGAUUGUAAAUAGCCUGUGUAAGAUUUUUGUAAGUAUAUUUGUAUUUAAAUGA